AUGGCAACUUUAGGAUUACAAAUAUUGCUGGAGUCUGUCAGGGAACUUAUUGCAAAUUCCUACCCUGAAAUCAAUCACAAGCUAGAGAAAUGGAUGAUUGGAAUUAUGGUUUUCGUGACAGUAGUGAAGCUCGCCCCAUAUGACACAGAUGGACGGGAAGGUAUGACGCCCAUCUGUGGGACAACAGUUGCAAGAAAAAAGGGUAGAGUAGGAAAGGAAAACAAGCUAUUGAGUCUGAGUGGGAUUUUGAUAGUUUUCUUUUGUGACAUUAUCAUGUCACACUAUACAAGGUAUGUAUUUGCAACAAUUUCAUUCAUUGCAGAAACAUUUAUAUUCCUAUAUGUUAGCAUGGAUGCCUUGUUCACUGACAAAUGGAAAGCUAGCAGUGCAAGGCUUACUGGGGAUGAAAUCGAAUGGAUGACGUCUUGGAUGCCUCGUGUGCCAUUAUUGUAUCGUGGAGGAAAUGAGCCAUGGAUUUCGUUAUUAGGCUAUGGGACGUUGGAAUCGAAUCCAUCAAGAACCUCGGAGCAGUUGAUCCAAGCAUGGAAAAGAACACAAAGAAUGAGGUUAGGGCCUCUCAUUGACAAAGUCACUUUUGAUUAUCAGAUUUGGAAAGCAAUGCGGCCUAGAGACAUAGUACUCCUUCCUGACGAAUCCAUCAAGAACCUCGGAGCAGUUGAUCCAAGCAUGGAAAAGAACACAAAGAAUGAGGUAAUGGCAAGUAAUGACGACAUUCGCAUUAUAAUAGAAAGCUUAGAUAACAGAGAAAAGCCGUCAUCAGAAGAGCGUUUUUCUUCGGAUUGGCUUCAUCAAGCUUCAGACCAGGUGAUCGCAGGUGACUUAGGUAAUAAUUGUAUUCGUAAAUCUAAAAAGAAAAGUUUAGCAGAAGAUCCCCUCCAACUUUGUGAAGUUUCCUUCGAUGAACGCAAGUGGGGUAUUUAUAAAGUGCCUUAUCCACUACGUGAAAAAAAUGAAAAAGCCUAUGAACCAAAUGUAAUUUCAAUUGGUCCCGAUCACCGUGGUAAGGAACGCUUGAAGUCAAUGGAAGUUAUCAAAAGGCAUUGCUUCAAUAGGAUGAUCAAGCAGCGCAAGGAUGAAGCCAAAAAGUUUGUAUCAGCCAUGAAAGACAUGGAAAAAAAAGUUCGCGAAUUCUAUGAACAACCCUUAGAAUGCAUUGACUCUGACACAUUUGUAGAAAUGAUGGUGCUUGAUGGAUGCUUUAUUGUUCUGCUAUUUCAACUAAAUGAUUAUCUAGUUAAUAUUCUUUGUAAAAUGAAGAAGGGGACUCACGAUGAGAUAUUUUAUGAUUUGUUACUAGUCGAAAAUCAGCUUCCUUUCUUUGUGCUUUUAAAGCUGUAUGACAUGAUCAAGACGUCAAGUGUUGAAUUUCCUACAUUGGUUUUUUCGUUCUAUUCAAAAGGACUGUUACCAGGACCAGGUAUAUGUCAUCCUGGAAGGUUUCCGAAACCCGUAAGUAUCAAGCAUCUACUAGGCUUCGUAAAUGGUUGUUGGCUUCCUUCAGAACCAGAAGUAGAAGCAGAAGUAAAAGCAAAAGAAACAAUAGCCCAAUGCUUACGGAAAUUCAUAUGCUGUAGAGGAAAGCAGGUAGUCCAACGCUUACGGAACUUCAUAUACCGUGGAAGAGAGCAGGAGGAAGAAGGCAGCAAUCGCUCAUGGAAAUUCAUAAGAAGUGCAACAGAGCUGGAAGAGGCAGGAAUCAACUUCGAAAAGAAGGUUUGGAAACAGAAGGAAGGUUUGGAAACAGAGCUGAAGAAGAUGAGCUUGUUCGAUGUAGAGUUUACCGAUGAUGGGACACUGAAGAUUCCAAUCUUAAGAGUUGAAGAUAAUACAGAGCGUAUCUUGCGUAAUUUCUUGGCCCACGAACAAUUCCUCCGAAGUUCAAAAUCAACUUACGUUGGUGAUUAUGUGAUGCUUAUGGAUAAUCUCAUCAACUCAGGCAAGGAUGUGCAAUUACUCUGCAAGCAAGGAAUUGUUGUUAAUUGCUUAGGCGAUGAUGAAGUAGUUGCCCAAAUGUUUAACAAACUCGGCGACGCUAUCUACGUACACAAUGACUUUAAUAACUUCUAUUAUGCCGAUAUAUUUGAUAACGUGGACAAGCACUGCAAGAAAAGGAGGAACAAAUGGAAGGGAAAAUUGAAGAAAUGGAAGGCAAAAUUGAUGAAAGAUUAUUUUAACUCUCCCUGGUCGUUCAUUUCAGUUGUCACUGCUGUUGUCCUGCUCCUACUUACCGCGGUACAGACUAUAUUUUCAGUUUUAUCUUAUUUCCAUCCGCAGUAAGUGCAAUGUAUCUUUUGCAUUAUCUAUUGGAGGCUGGCGAGCUGGAAGUGAAGCCAAGUCUAUCAAGUAGCACUACUAUAAACUAAAAGCUUAUGCUAUUUCUUAUGAUUAAUGUUUGUGAAGAGUUAUUUAUCAAGUUUAAUGUUUCUCCUAUUUUGAUACAUGCCAUAAU